CUGGAGAAGGGCUGGGCCGAGGUGCCGCGGGGCUGCUGGAGGGUCGUGGGCGGCACGUAGGAGACAUGUCUGGGGGUAGCAGCUGCAGCCAGACUCCCAGCCGGGCCAUCCCCACUCGCCGGGUAGCCCUCGGCGACGGCGUGCAGCUCCCGCCCGGGGACUAUAGCACCACCCCGGGCGGCACACUCUUCAGCACCACCCCAGGAGGAACCAGGAUCAUCUAUGACCGGAAAUUCCUGAUGGAGUGUCGGAACUCACCUGUGGCCAAAACACCCCCGAAGGACCUGCCAGCUAUUCCUGGGGUCACUAGCCCGACCAGUGAUGAGCCUCCUAUGCAAACCAGUCAGAGCCAUCUGCAUAGCAGCCCGGAAGAUAAGCGGGCAGGCGGUGAAGAGUCACAGUUUGAGAUGGACAUUUAAGGGACCAGCCAUAGGACGGAGUGAUGCUUCUGGGGCCCUGAGGCCCUUGGGAGGAGAGCCACAGUGGUCAGGCCUUGCACCAGGCAGACAUCAGGUGUGGGCCACCCAGUCCUGCUCCACCUUCCAUUUUGUGAAUACCAGCACAUACCUCCUCGUGCCUCUGUUGACAUUGAGCUGCUACUCCAGGGGAAUGACUCUUGCCCACACCCUGCAUCGAAUGCCCGGAAGUGGGCACAGAGGAGCCUGUCAGAAUGGUCAUCUGGCAACUCUAGCCCCAACCUCUGGAGCACACCUACCCUUUCCUGAGGUUGGGGUACCUGGGAAAGCUACCCUUCACUUCUUUCCCUGAGAGGAAAUAAAGUCCACCUUUCCCCUAGGCCCAAGGUUAGGCCCUGUCUCAACUGUUUUCAACUUAAAGUGAUAACACAGUUACUCUGUUCAGUGCUUACAGUGAACUUCACUUUACAUUAUCUUAUGUGAUUAUCAUACCAGUUGUCUAGGUAAGCAGGGCAGCCUUCCUGUCUGUUUACAGCUGAGAAGCCUGGCUGGAAGUGAAGUAGUUCUCCAUGGGACUGGGCUGGAGCUCUGCUACACUGUAAGUCUUGUUUUUAGCAGCAAGUACCUUUGUCCAGCUGUGUGGUCACCUUUCCCCUUGAGCCUGGGCCACUGUAGAGCCUCUGAUCCACAGGCAUCUAGUCUUUGUCAGUCAUCUCUGUGUGUGUGCUACCACUGGGGCAUGCCGAGGAGUGGCAAUUUCUCUGCCUUAAAGAUGUUGAAGUCUACCAUGUACCAAUUAAAAAAGGUAGCCUGAA